AUGAGGCCCCUCCUCACCACCCCCCAGAACUUCAAACCCUCCCUUGUGCCCACCCCCGAUGUCUUCGACUUUGAGUCUGGAGGCUCAGCGGCUUUCCUAAAAAAUAUAAACCCCACCGAAUUCCCUCCAUCCCGGAGCCCAGCCACGGACGGUGAUGGAUCCCCCAUUGCCACUGACCACCCAACCUUCAUGCCGGUACUUGCAGAAAAACCCGAUGACGGAAGAGAUGACCUCAACUGGCUACCUCUCGGCCCUGGCCUAGCCAACUUUUACGCACACGGCCUCCACCCAGGUCGCCUCCUUGAAGGAGCAAACCCUGACCGUGCCAAAGCCUGGCUAAAAAAGGCAGGUGCCAUUCUAGUCCUACCCCUAGAUGCCGCCCACAGCGAAGAAAACACCAGCAACUUCCAGACCAACAUGGAAGCUUUCCUUGAAAGAGCAUUCCCACACCAAGUAGGAGAAGUGAGCAUUAUCCCCCCUGUCCCCAUUGACCUCAGAUGUGGCGGAACCCCCAAUACGCUAAACCGUGGGGCUUCUUAA